AUGCUUGGGGUGGGAAGCUUUAACGGAAGCGGAGCCCUGGUCCGGGCAUACUCCCCGGUGACGUUGAGCCAUGAAUGGCCCAAGAUCGGUCGCCUUCUUCUUAUGCUUUUCUGCUCCUGUUUUGGAUCCACCAUGAACGGUUUCUUCGUCGCUUCCUUUUUCAUAGAGCACACGUUAAGGAAAGCCGGAAACGUAUAUUUGGCAUGCGUCGGUAUGGCAGACCUCGUGAUGACCGCGGGUGUGACUUCUGUAUCUGCAGUCGUCAUACUUUCUGGCCAAUGGGACAAUAUUCAAGUCUGCAAGGCUCUACAGUUUCUUGGCUUAACGUCUACCUACUGCUACGGUAUCUAUUUCGCGUUCGUAGCAGUCGAAAAUUUUUAUAGAAUUUGCCGUACGCCCGAUGAAUAUGCUGUGUUCCUAUCUAUGCGGAUUGAUGUCGUAUGCUUAUUAAUCUUCUUCGUGAAUAUGGGACUCGGUGCUGCCGGCGUUUAUAUGGACCUUGACUAUGACUACUGUGAACGGCAACAUUACGGCAACUUCUACUUCAGGAUUUUCACGACGGUUAUUGUCCAAGCAAUGCCGGCCGUCUUGACCGUGUUGUUUCUCUUUAUAUCCUCUAUGCGAGUUAAGCGGCGGGCUCGGUCCCAAAUACAAUACAAGCGAUCGCACCUCUAUGAACGCGAAUAUUCAACCACAUCAAUUAACACAACAGCUUAUAUACUCUUCAUGAUUGCUUGGACUCCCUACGUGAUAAUCGUUCACGAAUUCCCUAACACCAGCGACGCUGUUUACUACAACAUGAUGGCCAUUGGCUUGUUCCGCUCCGCGUUAACCAGCUCCAUUUACGGUAUAUUCAAUAGGAACUUUCGUCGCGCGUAUGCGCAUCUCUUUAAUUACUGCUGCUGCAAAAGUUCCUUAUCAAGUUCGUUCUCCAAUCGACACAGACGGGCAAUCGAAUACAAAUCUACGAUCGGCGAAGUAAGGGUCCAUAUUAUGCAUCAGGCCGUCAGUAUGAGUAAUUCACAGCGCGUUACUUACUGGCAGGAGACUCAGGAAUUGUAAGCGCCAUAAAAACAUCCGCAGU